CCUGUAUUAUACUACACCUCGUACGUUGGUGCCACCUUCCAAGAUGCAGUUUCCAGCAAAGACGAGGAGGUCCAGUCUUAAGCUGACACCAGCAACGAUGCAAGACUACGCUGCGAUGACACCCCAGACAUUUCCACAUACCUGUUGUCUUUGUAACAAAGCAUGUGCCGCGAUGAAGGAUUGGCUUUUCCACCAAAAUUCCAGCUUGCAUCUCGAGAACUGCAAACUGCUGACACAACACCCAAACUGGAAUGAUGAGAAGGUGUUAUCGAGCGCUCCAAGUAAAAAUGCCCAGCUCUCGUCUUCAACGUCUGCCCAGAAUCGUCACCAGAAAUCCAGACAUGACAGCCCUUCCCGCUCACACAGUCCUCUCCGCCAACAUGGCUCAGAGGAAAGAAGGGAUAAACGGUUUGGUCGUUCCCGUUCACGCAGUCCAUGCUAUGAUAGAAGACAGAGGCACAGUAGCUCUUCUCGCAGUCCGCAUCAACGCCGUACCUCUGAAAAUAGACGAGACCGGCAUGGCAACAGAUCACAGUCGCCAUAUGGAGCAAGGCAGUCUCACAGGGCUCUGCCUCGGUCCCUCUCCCCACAGCAUGGCCGGCCUACCGCCUCCCGUUACCGUUCACGUUCGAGGAGUUUCGAGAGACAAUCUCUACCCGGUAAAGAGAAAUGGUCGCCACCAAGGAGGAGCCACGAGCACCGAUCGCCUCUAAGGAGAAGCAUUGACAAACGCUCCUCGCCCAGGAGAAAUCAUGAAAAGCGAUCCUCUACGGAUAAGACUCAGCAAAGGUCAACAAGCUCAGAGAGACUGGCUAAGAAACUACUGGAAACACCAGCUGUCCAGUCUCUGUCCAGAGAGUCUGACUUAGCGACUGUGGUUAAGACACUCGCUCCCGCUUUGCUGGCUGAGCUGAAUAAGUUGCAAUCAUCUUCUUCGUCUGCUUUGUCAUCAACGUCCUCUAAAGUGGCAAGGAAGCCUCAUUCGACCAAAACGAGGCCCAGCCUUCCAAAGAGCAGUUCUUCAACAAAACCUACGAGCUCUGUGUUCAAGCACAUUAAUGAAGAGGUGAAGGGAAGGAAAAGAUGUGAUCCUGUCCCUGAAGUAAAAACUGAAAAGUAUCCAGCACUAGAACCUGUCAGCAAAAUUUCUGCUUCAUCGCCUGAUGUAUCCGUAGCUGCCGAAACAGCAGCACCCAGUCCACAACCGGCCACAGCCAUGUUGGAUGCUCUUCCUGUUACCAUCCCAGCAGUAAAAGUUGAGAUGGAAAAGCAUCAGCAACAAGAAGAAAAGGUUUGCGUCCAGAUGGAAACUGCCAUGGCAACACCUCCUGAACUUAAAGGACAACCUGCUUUGCAAGACAGACCUCCUGUUUGUCCAGUACCAACAACCACAGCUGGAUCUGCCUUUUCUGAUUCUAUGGAAGUGGCGUCAGCUGAGACAGAUGCGAAUGAGACCGAGAAGCUUAAAACCGAGGUCGCUGCAGACGUGACCGCUUCUCCUGAGGGAAGUGAAAACGUGAAGGAAGAGCCGUCACCAUCUGUUACGUCCGCAGAUAAACAAACCAUCCCCGCUGCGUCCGCUGCCACCAGUUCAGUCGCAGCUCCUGCCAAGCUUGAAAACGCCGCAGAAUUUCCUCCAUUUAACGAAGACAUGUUCAAGGCGUUGACGUCGGCACUUAAACAACACAGACUCGCUAAAGAAAGCCGGACAAAAAGCGACGACAAAGAGAGUGCCAACAUAAGCAAAGCAACUUGUGUUAAAAGUGCAAAGGAGGAGGACAAACAACACGCAGAGAGUGCCAACAUGAGCAAAGCAACUUGUGUUAAAAGUGCAAAGGAGGAGGACAAACAACACGCAGAGGCACAGGACGUCCAUAAAGAAGAGGAGUCGGAUAUUUUUGAUGAGUUUGAGUUUAACUUUGAGGAAUUUGUGACUGUUGACGAAAUUAGUGAAGACAUGAGCGAGGCGGCUACAGACGAUGGCUCCUCCAUACCUAAACAACCCCCUACCAAAGGAACAGAGGGGAACAGCUCAAAUGUGUCCCCUGUUGCCAAAAAGACCUCAUCUAAAGACUCUGCUUGCUCCACGUCGUCGUCCAAAUCUACAAAACGCAGCUCGUCUUCUCGUUCCACCUCUGAAUCGGACAAAAAGCAGAAUCGCUCGUCUGAGCACGCCAAAACUAAACCUACAGAGUCUGUUGAAGCCUCGGCUUCCUCUGGUCAGAAAGCUCAACCAAGCAGGACGAAGUCUUCUGCCAGAGCAUCACAGUCUUCAUCCACAGGUCGAAGUACCCGUUCAUCGUCAUCUUCGUCAGUGUCUGUCAAGGCAGGAACCCGUCUGUCACAUGAAAAGGAGGCUAAACCUCCAGAGCGUGCAGCGAGACAGUCUGGCCACAAGGAGUCAGCAGAGAGCGAUGCUGCAAAAACAGUCGAGUCAGAGACAAAACCCAAAACGUCAGGGAUGGAUGCAGCUGCACAAGGACAGAAGUCAGAGUCACCUACCCAGACCCAGAGCCUGGAGUCUGAUUUUGAAGACAAAGCUGCCAAAGACUUGAAGAAAAGUAAAGAAAAAGAAAAUGUUGUCGGUACCACAGAGGAAAGAGGAGAUUACAAUGAGAAUGACAGAACGAUGCAUUCACUUGAUGAGAAAACCGAUGACCAGGCAAACAUGGAAGAAGACAACCGCAACAACAAAACCAAGACAACCGGACCUGAGGAAGACCGUGUUGAUAACGAUGGCAAAAUGGCUCCAGAGGACCACAGGGAAAUGGAGAUCGAUGCUUCUGUCCAAGUGUCUGACAGUGCUGGUAAAAACCAGGCUGCUACAGCUGACGAUAAAAAUGAAGAUUCAGCUGUGAUGCAGGCGGAGGAAGUUGUUCAGAGCUCUGACAAACCGUCCGAUACGGCCGAUAAACAUCAAGCUCUAGAUCAAGUUACAAGGAGCGUGGAAGAUGGAACGAAAGGAAAACAAGAGCAAGAAAUUAUUUCAAAAGCAUCGAGUGAAACCUCUAAAGAUGUCGACCAAACGUCUGACGACCAGCUUCUAGAAAAUGAUGACAGGAAAGAAUCUGAACAAGAAGUCUUGGAGACGAUGAAUUCAGCUGAUGGUCGGACCGUACCUGAAGGCGAAGGCCAGAAACCAGGAACUCCUGGUGACCAGAUCUUUAAAGCAGAUAUUGGUUCAACAGAGGAGGUGGAGGAGGAGGUUUACCAAAUAAUAGAUUCUUUAGAGGAUCAGCCAACAGAAACGGAAUUAGAGACUGACAAGAAACGGCAAACAAGGAAAGGCAAAACAACUUUAAGAGAAGGUAGACCAACCAGGAGUGGUUGCUCAAGAAGCCGAACAUCUAAAAAUGAAGAUGAAGGAAAAUCGUCCAAAAAACUGGACAAAACAGUUAAAAAGUACGAGACUCGAACAAAGGAUAGCACGACGGGCAAAGAGAAAAAGACCGAUCAGAGUAACGAGGAGAAAGUCUUUGAGCUAGUGGACUCCGCUGAAGACAAAUCUGUUCAAGAAGCUUCAGAAUGUUCUGAUGGAAGACAAGGUGAUGGUGAGAAGACGGUGACCUCCAUAAAAAUGUCUGAACAAUCUGACAAGGAAGAGGAAACGAUGUACAAAAUCUUAGACUCUGUGGAUGACGAGGCUGUCGGUGACAAACCAGCUCUGACACGAUCCAUCAGAGGAAGAAGCAGAAGAACGGCCGAGCAAGAUGCUGAAAAAGACACGAAACAGGACAAGACCCGCACAAGGAGGAGGCACACGCCAGUCACAGAUGCACCUGAAACCAGUGGCGUUCCACCAAAGGAAGCCACACCAGCAAAGAACAAGGGUGCUGUCGUAAAGGACACAAGCGAAGAGGAGACGGCUUACGAAAUAUUAGAUGCUGUAGAGGAGGACGUGGUUGAGGAGAUCCAGUCAUCAUCACAAAAACCAAGGAGAGGAAGAUCUAAGAAGACCCCCACUACAAAACAAGCCGCUGCUUUGAAAAAGGUUGAUACAAGUGAAGCAGCUGAAGAAGAAACGUACCAGAUCCUUGACUCUGUGGAGGAUGAUCAACCUGCCAAAGAUCAGGCUGAGAAGACAGGAACCUCAUCGAUUAAGUCGCCCAGAAACGAGUUGGAAGAAGAGGCUUUUUAUCAGGUUGUAGAUUCUGUGGAAGAUGAUCAACUUGUGUCCUCAUCCAAGGAAACAUCAGGACGAGCCGAGAACGAGGACAGUCUGCUUCAGUUGGCUGAUGAUGUCGAGAAGGUCAAGCAUGACCCACCUGCUCAUACAGGGAGGAGGACGAGCACACCAGCGUCAAAGAAGACACGGAAAUCCAAGAAAAACAACUCGACUUCAACAAAUCUACUCGUCCAACUGGACGUAGCGAGUGAGGUGGAGGAUCGCCUCGAUACAGCUACAUCAGAAAAACAAGAGAGAAAACAAACAUCUGCCAAAGAGCCAGGAAGUGAGCGCAGUGAGAGGGAAACUAGGGAGCGAAGGAGCCGAAGCAGCAGCAGCAGCAGAAGAGGAGACGGUAGGAAAACCAUGAGCAGAACGAAGGAGGAGCGGCAGGAGAGUGAGGAGAAGGUGGAGGCAGAGCUGCAGGAGCUGGUGACUGUGGAUGAGGUGGGAGACGAGACUGGAGAGGAAGGGGUGACUGAUGCUCCGAGUUCUGACAGGGAGGUCCUGGAAGGAGAACUGCAAGAUCUUCUUACUCUGGACGAGAUCGUUGAAGAGGAGAAUGAAAAGGAAGAGCACAAGCUCGAGGCUCUCUGCCUGGAGAACCAAUCCGUGGCCUCCUCAAAGCCACAGACUUUGUCAACUUCAGGUGAAGCAGACGACGAGGAUACGAAGAACACCUCAAGCUCUGUCAAACGCAAACACGACGGCGACACAG